AUGUCAGAGAAAUCAUCAUCGCAUAUGGAAGCUAGCGGAAGUGAGGCGCCCCCCUUUAAUUCCCAUCUUGACAGUGUAGGAACUCGAAUGGGAUCAUCCGGGCACCCACGCAUCGAUAGCACACAAUCUGCAGCCAUUGAACGGUUUUUACUGGAUGGUAAUUUAGGGGAUCUUUUGGCUGGUAAUAGUGGUGGGCCACGGUUUGGUGUCUCUGUUGCCAGUACGCUGGCACCAGGGAGUGAGACGAUUCGGGGACCGGGAACUAUCACGGAGAAUCCAAGUUUUGUUUCUACAAGAUUUCCAGAUGUCUCAGAGACACUCCCACCAGAUGCAGUCCCACCAGAAGCUCCGUCUCUCGGAGUGUCAUCGUCAUCAGCAGCGGCAUCAGUACCAGUAGUGAUUUCACCUGCGCCUUCUGUUAAGCAUUCACCUGCGGUGGAUACAAAUGCAGAUAGUUCAGCGGCUGCAUUGGCUCGUCGUGUGACUCUUACGCCAUCUGAGACUUUGGCCCAAAAGGCUGCACGAGAGGAUUCUGUACAGAAAAAUCUCAGGAAAUCGGUGUCCCCUGUUGAGAAAGUAGUGGUUCCUUCCAAAAGUUACACCCCAUCUGCUUCAUCGAAUCGGGGUUCACAAGGGGAUUACGCUCAUAAAGGGAAUUCUUCUAGUUCGGCAAAUGCUUUGGAACUUGAGAUGAUGAAACAACUCUCAAAUCUUACCACCCCACUACGAGAUUCUUAUGUUCAACCUCAACAACGACGAGGGUAUAGUACCAGAAAAGCCAGCCUAAAGCGUAGUAUGUCAACUACUGAUAUUGCGGGUGUGCAGACUAGUCCAAGAGUAGCCUACAUUGACCCAGACGCUUUUGGGGGACGAUAUGGAACACCUAGUAUGCGUACAGCAUCACCAUCGAGUUCCCAGAGUAAUUUGAGUAACCCAGUUGCACGAAAAAAGAGCGGAGGAUCUUCUGUGGCGAGUACAAAACUAGACCGUGGAGGAAAAGCAUUAACUCCUGUAUGGAGUACAGCCACAGAUCGUAUAAACCGAGAUAUUGAAAUUAAAGGGGAUGGUAUGUCUUAUGAAGGGUUUCUUCCUCCAGAUUCUGGACGUCUGGGAUGGAAAUCUAGACCAAAUAACUAUUUGAGGGCUUCCGAUGUAAGUGCGCUUAGAACUGGGAGUCCAGUAUCAUAUACACCUGGUGGGUAUCCAACUUCUAUUGCUCACACAUCAAUCAUUGGUUCUUCCCGUGGAGGAGAUUCACAUGGUGAUCAUCAUGUUAGUCCAUAUAUGUCCUCCCGUGGGCCUGGUUCUGGUGCUAUGUCUGAACAGUUUGUUGGGCGUAAUAUGCGCGUGAAGGCAAAGCAUGGAGGUAUACGUUCUACAUCAGGAAUAGUAAACAAUGGUGGCGUCCACGCCAGAGUUGGGAGUUCCAUUGCAGGUAAUGGUGAUCCUACUCAGAGGAUCAGUGUUGGUUCACUUCCUGGAAGCACAACUGCAAAAAAUCCAAAAGUAAUUCAUCAUGCGGAAGACGUAUUUAUGUCACUUAUUGGAGGAAAACGAAAGGAAAAACAACGGCCUCCCUCACUUUUCGCCUCAGAUACCGCUCUACCUAUUCUUGUUAAUACAGAAGUAUCUCCACCGCGGGGUUCAUUCUAUAACGGUAAUAAUAGUGGUGGUGGUGGUGGUGGAAAUGGAGGCGGAGGCGGUAAUGGUGGAGGAGGAGGUGGUGGUGGUGGUAAUGGUAAUGGAGGAGGAGGCGCUAAAAAAGUGUUAAACGGUCCUGCUGAUGAAGAGGAACGUGAAGAACAUCACUUUAAAGAUCAUAAAAGAAUUGCCCUACAUGCUAUUCCAUGGGAUCAACGAUCAUUUAUUCCUCUUACUGGAUUUGGUAUUAAAACGUUUGGUAUCUUUUCCGCACCCCUUUUCUGGGAGAAGUUGGAUUGGACUGUUCGUGCCUCACUUUUCACCGUAUUACCAACAAUGAUUCUUACCCUUGAACCUAAGACAGCAGGUAUUUUUCCAUUGCCAUCAUCAGUGGCAUUUUUAGCAUUUUGGAUUACAAUGCCAACUUUUGGUUCAGGCUUAAGGGAAUUUAUUAUAGCUCUAAAGGGAUAUGCAUUAAGUCUUGUAAUGCUUAUGAUAGUUAUUGCGAUAAAUCCCAAAGCAUCAUGGUUAAUUCUUAUGCUGCUUUUUAUAUUCGUGUUGCUUACAUCAUUCUUUGCAGAACAGGUGAAAAAGACAUGUGCGUACUGUCUUGCAGUCUUUUUAAUGCAACGACAAGAUGAUCCAGAUAAUACAGGAAUGGCAUUUGUAGGAGAUUACUUUAUUACAUUACUUAUUGCGCUCGCUUUCGGCCUUGCAGCAUUUUUUAUUCCAAAUAUUAGAUGGUCAAGUGAUCUGGCAAAAUUAUAUGUUACACUUCUUGGUAACUCUUUAAGUAUUUAUGUACAAGGAACAUGUGCAAGUUUUUGGACUAGAUCUCCACUAGAGCGUGAACUUCAUCUUGUACGUCUUCGUCAACUAAAAGCAACAGCUCAGAAAGCCAUAUCAAAAGCCUCUAUGUUUUUUGAAGAAGCAGAAUAUGAACCACAUAGUGGAGAGUUUAUGUUCUCUAUAAGUGCUCGACAUGAGUUCUUAGUGAAUGUUGAUAAUAUUCUUUCUUCUAUGGUUCAAGUAAUAGACCUUAUAAAUGAUAAUCCUGAACUGAUUGAAACUCCAUUAUGCAUUAAUUUUGGAAACGCUAUAGCAGAGGAUCUUGCUCUCAUUUCUUCUGCGAUGGACAGUAUGAUAUUAAAAAUUUCAGAUUUUAAGCAUCCUGUAGAAGAUGAAGAUAUUCAAAUGUUUAAGGAAUCACGGGAACGAUUUCAAGAACGACUAUCAGAGGUACGACAAGAAGUUAUUCUUAAUAAUGAAAUGUAUGAAACAGAUGAGUCUGAUGUAUUACUGGGAUUCUUUAUGUUUAGCGUAGAUGAACUCUGUGAUGUUAUAGCUAAUUUUGAACCAAAAGGAGCACCAAAAAGUACCAUUUUAGAAUGGAUUAAAACUCCAAUAAGAGAUUGUAAAAGUUCUUUUGAUGCUUUUGCUUGUCUUUUUACUACUAUUAUUCAAGAUCACGAUAUUACAAGACGAGCAAAAGAGGCUAUUAAACUUGCACUUUGUAUGACAGUACCUGGUAUCUUUCAAAUAUAUGCUCUUGAUAAUAAUGAUACAAGUCCUGUGGCUGGUGCAGCUAUUAUUGCCUUUGUAUAUAGUCAAACUGGAGCACAGAGUUUUACCUAUGCUGUAAAUCGAGUACUUGGCACCGUGCUAGGAUCUCUCACUGCUCUUCUUGCCGUACAAAUAGCAAAUGGAACUCGUUGGGUCUUAUAUAUAGCAGUAGGUAUUCUCUCUUUUGUUGGGGCGUACAUUCAAACUAGUCCAGAAUAUUUUGCAGCCGGUAAUGCAGUGUGUAAUAGUGUUAUCUCGGUUAUUACACAAUAUAUGAACCCUGAAGCUGCAAUGGUACGUAUUAAACAAAACGUAUUUGCCAUUCUUAUUUAUUUCUGUAUUUCAAUGGUUUUAUGGCCAAUGCGAGCACAUAAGAAAAUGCGAAUGUCUUUUGAUAUCAGUUUACGAUGUUUUCGUGAAGUUACAUGUCAACUUUUACGAAAUUUAGAUAUGCCAGAUGAUGUGAGUGAAGUAAAUUCCAGUAGUUCAGCAAUAUUAAAAGAAUGGAAUAAAAAGAUUAAACGACAAGCUAAUUUCUUACGAGGUGCUAUGACUGAACCAACUCUUGUUGGUGCUGACUUUCCAGAAUUACCUUGGCGAAAACUUAUUGAUGCACAAUGGAGUCUAUGGUCUAAUCUUUCCAUGAUGCGAUUUGCAUAUUUCACUUUUAUGUCAAGUAAAGUGGAUGAUGCAACAGAGUUAUCUGUUCACUGGGUUGUAUUACGUCGAAUUUCACCAUAUGCAAAGGAUCUAUGUGAUUUACUAUACGCCGCUAUUGAUCUUUACUUACUUUCAUUUGGUAAAACCACUGUAGUUCCAACAAGUCAUCUUACACGUCUACGACAUGGUAUGCUAGAGGCGGAAAAAAAUAUUUUGGAAGUGUACAUUCAGACAAUUUGCCGUAAACUUGGUGGUGAAAGCUCUGAUGAUGAGGAGGAUGAUGAUGGUCUUGGUAGCAGAGGAAAUGGGAUUAAUAAUACUAGUUAUAGUGAAGAUAAUUUACAUAAAGUAGCAGCGAGUGAUAGCGUAUUUCAAACAGGACUCAACUCACACAAUACACGAUCAGGGGAAGAAAAUCAGCAUGGUGAAAAGGACGAUGCGGAAUCUGUAAAAACGAAAAAACAAGAAAAAAAGCGAAAGGAUGGUUAUCUUAUGUACAAUCUAACUCCUGAGGAUUUGGAGGAACUCAAAAAACAUCUUUUGAAUAGAUCUUUCGUUUCUAGUAUGCGAGAUGUAGGUGCUACGGAUCGUGCCAGCAAUGAUGGCAGUGUAGAUAUGAAUACCAAAAAAGCGAAAAAAGGAUUAUUAGGGGGAAGUUUCGCCAAAAAUCACUCCUUUAGUAAUUUUUUCAACAGAAGAUCCAGUCAACAGGGCCGUGGGAACGAAGUGGAUGAGGCCAUCGCCAAAGUUAAUGGCAAUAAGAAAAAUGGAAAACGAUCCAGUGGAGUGGAGGACACCGCACAGGGUGAAAACAAUAAUCCCAGUCUCUCUAUGAAAUCCGCCUCUUUAAAUAAACGGAAAGGAACCACCACGGCAACACCAGGGGAAGAUCCCCUUUACGGCCAUGAUGUGGAUGAGGAAGGACAUCACUCCUUCGAUGGAGAGGAACAGAAGUUAAUCGCUAGAAAGAAAUCCAACCAUGAAGAUGAACAUGCGGAGGAGGAGGAAAUGAAAAGUCAGGAUCCGGAUAUUUUACAAGAACGCAUCCCCACAACAGUGAAACCCCCAUCUUCCUCAGAUCCGGAAACAGUGAAUACACUCGUCGUUCGGCGUAACUCCGCCUCUGGAGAAGUGCGGGCAAAAGACCCCGCGAGAUCCCAAGGGAAUUCCUUUUCAUCUAUGGAAGUCGCGACAUCUUCACAUGAAGGGGAUCGUAGUUCAGUCUCCCCCACAGGAGAUGCAUCGGAGAUACUCAAUCAACUCACAUUUUAUGAUCCAGAGAAAAAGGAGUUUGUGCUAACGAAUCAAGAUAUUCAUAGUCUGGAGGCAUUUCUCUUUGGCGUGCGUGCCCUCACUGUACAGCUCGGAGAGUUACAAAAGGCACUUUUGGAAUUACAGAACGCAGAGGAAUUGGCACGCAAAGUGUAA